AUGAUUAACACUGAUGGCUUUGUCAUCACAACGACGAACAGGGCUGCUGGUGGAGGUCUGAUCCGCGAUUGCCUAGGAAGAUACCAUGGAGUGUUUGCUGCGAACUAUGGGAACUGCUCCAUAACAAGAGCAGAACAAAAUGCUGCAGAGUUUGGACUCUCGCUGGCUUGGAGUUUGGGAUUCAUGAAGGUGCACCUCUGCCUUGACUCAAGUAUUGCUAUCAACAUCAUCAAGAACAAGAAUGAUGCCGCCCACAAACAUGGUCUUCUCACGCUCGAGAUUAACAGACUUCUGGCUUUGGAUUGGGAUGUACAGAUUUCCCAUUUUUUAGGGAACGCAACAACGCUGCUGAAUUUUUAG